AUGGUCACUAUACGUAUGCUUCUGAUUCUUGCUGUCAACCGGAAAUGGCCAAUGCUCCAAUUAGACGUCUCAAAUGCGUUUCUUCACGGCGACCUUUCUGAGGAUAUCUAUAUGCGACAGCCACCCGGUUUUGAAGAUCCUCAACAUCCCACCGCCGUUUGUAAACUGCACAAGUCCCUGUAUGGCCUCAAACAAGCCCCGCGACAGUGGUUUCAAAAAUUCACCAACUUCCUACAAUCUCGCGGUUUCAGGUUUAGUCGUUCCGACCCCUCCCUUUUAAUUUACAACAAAUCCAAUGUUCACAUUUUUCUACUCAUUUACGUGGACGAUAUACUCGUUACUGGUAACGAUCCCGCACAAAUCCAGCUUCUUCUUCAAGAUCUUCAUUCCCAUUUUGCUCUUAAACAGCUCGGCCAGAUUUCGCUGUUUCUCGGUAUUCAAGUGACUCGAACAGCAAAUGGAUUCUUCCUCAAUCAAGGACACUACGCGCAGAAACUCAUUCAGGAUGCCGGCCUCACCGAUUGCAAAGCCGCUCCUACUCCUAUAACUCCGGCCUCCAAGCAUUCGCCCGCUGACAGUCCACCGUUUCGCGACGCCUACCUCUAUCGUCGUCUCGCGGGCUCUCUUCAAUACCUCUCCAUCACUCGACCAGACAUUGCAUUCGCAACUAAUCAAGCUUGUCAACAUAUGCAACAUCCGACUGAUCAUGAUUUUCAAAAUAUCAAACGGAUUCUACGAUAUGUGAAGGGUACCUACGCCUACGGACUUCCUAUCACACCCGGCGACAUCACUCUUCGCACCUUCACCGACGCCGACUGGGCUUCCGAUCACAGCGAUCGGAAAUCCGUCUCAGGAUUCUGCACUUUCAUGGGACCAAAUCUUCUCUCCUGGUCCGUUAAGAAACAGGCAACGGUUGCCAAGUCUUCUACAGAGGCGGAAUAUCGAGCUCUCUCGGCAGCCACGUCGGACGUUCUUUGGCUUCGGCGUCUCGCAGAGGAACUCCUCCUUCGGCAAACAGAAUCAACCAUUAUACACUGUGAUAAUCUCUCCGCCAUUGCUAUCGCGAGAAAUCCGGUAUUUCACGCCCGCACCAAGCACAUCGAAAUCGACUUUCAAUUCAUCCGGCAACAUCUUCUCACUGGGAACAUUCGCAUACAGCACAUUGAGUCUCAAGAACAGAUUGCCGAUAUUCUUACAAAGUCUUUUUCCAGUUCUCGCUUCGAUUAUCUCGUCUCCAAAUUGACCAUUCGUCCGACGAAUGAUCAAUUUGAGGGGGAAUGUGAGCACACAGUUUAA